GGUGACAUGAAACUAGAGUCUCAUAAAAAUUACGUGAAGGUUAAAAGUCAAAACAAUGGGAAAAGCAAAAGUACAUCACUAAAUUCAUCUGGAAAUAUUCCAUGCAGAUACCUGGAGCAAGGAAUAACAGGUGUACUGAAACAGGAUGUUCUUCAUUCACACAAGAUAAGCCACCAUGGGCAGCAAAAACUUAUAGGCAAAGUCACAGGUAUAUGUGCUGCCACUGUUACCCUAAAUAAUGACACCAGCUUUAAUAUUUCUGCAACAAACUGUACCUGGGAUAUAGUGGAAGGGGAUUGGAUUAUCUGUGAUGUUGGUAGCACCUCUUCUGUACAAGACUGUGAAGAAGCUGAGCCAGAAGGCUGUAUCCAAGUGCUGGCAUGCAAACCACUGAGGAAAAAGAGAGUGAGAGGGGAGGUCACUCACUGCUUCACAACAUUCUGCGUCAUUAAUCAAGAGGAACUGAAAAGUUGCAUGAUUGCAAGACACUUGCUGGACUUCCCCAAGCAUACAAUGUCUGGAGGAGAGAACAAAACCAUAAAUAUUUUAGACAAUAAAGAAAAUAUUGUUAUUACUCAGUCACUUAGGUUUCCAAGUGUAGUAUUAGGAUCCCAGUCCUAUAUUGGUGCUUUUAUCAGAAACACUGGGACAGAGUCUAAGACUUUAAAACGGAUUUAUUUCGUCACUCCUACACAGGAGUGUGUGUUUAGUGUGGUCUUCUGCUCAGCUGGGGGGUUAAUAGAUGGUACUCCUGUUACCAUAGAUCGGGACAUGGGUAUUAACAUACGUUUCGAGUGUACUGGCAAAUUACUUGGAAUCAUAAAGCAGCUUUGCAUCUUUGACUUUGGAACCUUCCAUAUAGGGAGAUAUGUGAGUGCUGCCAUUGAAGACCAUAACAUGAAGUGUUUGGUGCCUGUCACUCCCUAUACACCACGUCAAAACUUCAGAAAUUCUUCACAGUUCCAGUCUAGCAACAGAGAGAUUAUUAAAGGUGAAAGGCCCUUCAAAACAUCAUCCUUCUUGCCAGUGUCACUACCGAUGGCACUUGUUCCUCAGCAGCUCUGGCAGGCUGUAACCAGUAAUGCUGAUGUUCUCGAUGUGGCUCCCUCACUUUCACAACCUCUGACACCAGACAACCACAAAGAAAAGCUUUCCGUUUUGUUACACCUAGAAGAAAUAGAAAUGACAAUACAAAUUAGACAGUUUGAUAUGGCAAGGACAAAUUUUUCACCACAUGGGGAGUACCUGAGCCUAACUGUGCCAGGGUUGGCAGAGAAGCGUCCAUCUCUCAUGAUCGGUGACACAGUCAUUGCAUCAAGCCCUUGUGACUCUUGUGAUGUGGAAUAUGAGGGCUACAUUCAUGAAGUUCUUCAUACACAGGUUUUACUGAAGUUCCACCCAACAUUUCACAGCGAGUACCAUGGGGAAGACUAUUCUGUACGAUUCAACUUCAAUCGCACUCCACUACGUCGCUGCCAUCUUGCUUUGGACUUCACUAUGAAGCAGCUUGGUCCAGAUAUCCUUUUUCCUUCCAAAUUAAAAAUUCAGCUUCCCCAGGUAUGUUAUAUAGACCCUGAAGUCCCCACAUCAGCUAGCAGUGCAAAAAAGACACCACACAGAGUCGCUGCUACCAGCUACAAUUCCAAUACUCAAGUCAGCAGAUCAGAAAGUAAUGAAACUGGCAUUGGUGCAGAAGUGAGUGUCAAACACAGAUCUAAGAUUGGGACAGGCACUGUCAAAACAGAUUACCAUUCUAAUGAGUUUACCACCAAAAACAAAUUACCUUGUGAUUUGCUUGUAGGAAGUAAUUCAGUUAAUAAUACAAUGAGCGAUGUGUUGGAGAUUCAGAAAAAUGAUGCCAGUCAGAAGUUAGCCUUUGAUGUGAGUGAGGAAGCAGACCGUGAUCUCAUCUGGGAGAAGAGUAAUAAUAUAAAAAAAACUCGGUUUAUAAUGAAAGGUGAAUUAAGAGAACUAAGUCAGUUGCUAAAUGAACAGCAGAAUGGGGUUAACUAUUAUACAAAAAAGGAAUUACAGAAAUUCAAAAACACAGAAAAUUGUAAUGAUAGAUCUAAUUUUUUAGAACAUUUUUGUAAACAGGAGUCAAGUCCACAAUCUUCAAGAAUUCCUGUAGUAACAAGGUUAUUCGGAGUUUCUUCCUCAGGCUCCAGUUCAAAUUCAUCCAUGUGUUGUAGUGACGAUGAAUCUAGGGGCAGUGUCAAUUCUAGUGUUGAUAAUACUGUGGCUAGUGCUAGUGAUAAUCUGAGUGCUAGUGUUGGCUUAGAGAAAGAUGCUUUUCAUUUUAAAAAGGUUGAGAAAAUUAAACUGAAAAAUAAUAGCACCUCUUCAAGAAAUGCCAUUGACAGUGAGAGUAAAACCAGUUUAAAUAGUGAAGCAUGUUUCAUAAGUAAUAAACCCAAAUUUUGUUCAUUACCCACUGUUACUGCAGUUGAAACUCCCUUUUCUUCUUCUAAAGAGAUGAUGGAGAUCCUCAAAGGGGAACAGUCAAAAUUGAAAGCUACUCCAUUAAUGGAACACAGUCAUAGAGCAGAAUCAGUGUCACCAGUAACCAUACCACUGCAUAAAGUAAAUGGAAUACCAAAAGAUGCUUCUAGCGGGAAGAAAAUAUUGUUUCUUCCAAGGCCUCUGGAGCUACACUAUCACCGAAUUGCCAGAUUAAUGAAGGAAGGAGGGGAUUGUAAAAAUAAUCAAACAUGUAGGCCUACAGUACCAGAAGAAAAAGUUGUAAUGACAGACCAGAUCACUAAAUUAAGGAAGGAAGUAAAAUGUUUAACGAAUCAGACAUGUAGACCUUCAUUAACAGAAGAGAAAGUACUGAGGACUGAUCAUGUUGCCAGUUUAAUGAAGGAAGGAGAGGAUUGUAAAAAAAAUCAAACCUUUCGGCCUAAAUUACCACAGGAAAAAGUGCUGACAACUAACCGAAUUGCUGCAUUAAUGACAGGAGGACAAAUUUGCAAAAAUCGGACCUACAGACCUACGUUACCAGAAGAGCUGAGAACUGACCAUGAAAACCCAUGUAGUGCAAAUGAUAAACAGUGUCCUAGAAAAAGUGAUGUUGGAAGAUCUCAUGUGCCACUUAGCAAUCAUCUUAAUGAAUUAAAGCCAACAGUAUAUUGUGAACCCCAUCAUGGUGAACAAAACCAUGAAAGUUAUGGUUCAGCCAAGGAGGAAAACUGUUACAUUGUUCCUGUCUUGCCAGUUUUCACAAUGAGGAACAAAGGUGUAAAAAACUUGGCUAAGCUUCCUUUAUUGAAAUGGUUCAAUGACAGCUUGAACGUGGAGCAGAAACUAGCAGUUCGUAGAGUGCUGGAUGGAACCACCCGUCCACUGCCCUACAUCAUCUUCGGUCCACCAGGCACAGGGAAGACAGUGACACUGGUGGAGACUGCACUCCAGAUUCUCACCAUGAUGCAACACACCAGACUUUUAAUAAUAACACCUUCCAAUAGUGCAUCGGACCUUGUAAUGGAGAGAUUACUUACUUAUGGCCAUUUGAGCAAGAUGGAUUUGGUUCGGUUAAAUGCCUAUCAGAGACUGGAAGACACCAUUCCUGACACCAUCCGUCCAUAUUGUUGCAGUGGUGAUCAGCUAUCUGUACGUGUACAUCAGCGGAUCAUAGUGACUACAGCAACUACUGCUGGUGUAAUGUAUACACUCGGUCUUCAUAAUGGCCACUUCAGUCAUGUGCUGGUGGAUGAAGCCGGACAGUUAACUGAACCAGAGUGCUUAGUUGCUCUAGGAUUGGUGAACUGUUCAUCUGGUCAAGUGGUUCUUGCUGGUGACCCAGAACAACUUGGUCCUGUAGUACAAAGCAGCUUAGCCAAGAGAUAUGGUCUACAGCAUUCACUCUUACAACGUCUGUGUUACUCUGUUCUCUAUCAGCCUCAAGAAAUAAAGUCAUCAGCUUGGGUUUACCAACCUUGCCUGGUGACUCAGUUGGUGAAGAAUUACCGCUCUCACCCAGACAUCUUCCAUGUUCCAUCCAGACUCUUUUAUCAUAACACACUUCAGGCUUGUGCUGACACCAAGAUGACUGAGCAGCUCCUGAAAUGGAACAAGCUGCCUUCCUCCUCAUGUCCUCUUCUCUUCCAUGGUGUCAUUGGAAACAACCUUCAGGAAGGAGACUCCCCAUCUUGGUUCAAUGCAGCUGAAGCUUUUCAGGUUGUGCGGUACACAAAGAGCCUUAUUAUAUUUGGUGUGAAGCCACAGGAUAUAGGCAUUAUCACUCCAUAUAGGAAGCAAGUAGAAAAAAUUCGAAAGUUGUUAACAACUUUUGGAAUCAUAGAGAAUGUGAAGGUUGGAUGUGUGGAAGAGUUUCAGGGCCAAGAGAGAAGUGUCAUCAUCAUCUCUACCGUAAGGUCGUCUACAGAUUUAAUAGAGGUUGACGUACGACACAACCUUGGAUUUGUGAAGUGUCCGAAGCGCUUUAAUGUGGCUGUGACAAGAGCACAAGCACUUUUGGUUGUGGUAGGCAAUCCUCUCUUACUCAGCUUAGAUAACUCUUGGCACACGCUCAUUAAAUUUUGUCUUGAGAAAGGUGCUUAUCGUGGCCCAGAAUUAGACGUCACCGAGGAUGAUAAUGUCUAGCUAUGCACAGUAGUUAUCCGAUACAUGAGAUCACAGUAUACUUAGUCUCACAAUACUGAACAAUACAAAGUAUGUUUAUAGCAUGUAUACAUAGUAUUCAUAGCAUGACUAUCAAUCAGCACCCUUACCGUAAUCUCAUUCUAUAAUUAUUUGAUAAGGAAAAGUAGAGUAAAUUUUCUAAUUAUAUUUAUAUAAAAAGAAUAUGUAAUGAAUAUUUUGCAAGUACAUAAAUGCUACAAUUCAGUACUUAAUUUAAAAAAUUAAUGUAUUUUAAUUGUUUUUGUAUACUUAGGUGGGUGUAGAUUUAUAAUUUGUAUUGUGCAGGUAGCAGUAUUGAGGAACAAUAAGUAGGUCAUCACUUUGAUACAGUGUAUUGUGCAGUGAUUGUCUGUAUGGUAAGCAUUUUUAAUCUCUCUAGGAACUUUUCAAAUUUUCCAACAUAAAAAAUUAAUAGAAGCACAUUAUAUUUGAAGUAUAAUUUAACAUGCAUUGAUCAUUCAAUCUUGUUCACUGAUCAGAAAUUAGUUCAUAAAAAAGUAUAGUUCCUUCAGAAAUUAUAAUUUAGUACAUUAACCUGGAGUUUAAGGACUCAUUUCCCAUAGGUUCGAACUCCAUCUCUUCCCUGGUUUUGGAUAUUGUACUUGAGUGUAAUUAUCACUUUUAAAGAGGCUUUGCAAAAUUGUGGUUCUUAAAAUGUCAGAUAAUAAUAAGAUGUUUAUGUAGAAAAAUUUAGUUUAUAAUAUGAUUAUGAGUAGCAUUUGGAGGUGUUAGUCAAGUAUGUUGUCCUGACACUGGAGGUGUUAGUCAAGUAUGUUGUCCUGACACUGGAGGUGUUAGUCAAGUAUCUUGUCCUGACACUGGAGGUGUUAGUCAAGUAUGUUGUCCUGACACUGGAGGUG